GGUGAACGGAGGAGAGCUUGAAGGUGAUUGGCUGAGCGCUUCCCUCACUCAAAACAGAGGCGCCAGUCAGCUGAUUCGCCCUCCCUCCACCGACGUCUUCACAUUUUUCAUCUUUUCCACCUGAUUUAAAGCCCCAGGUGUUGGCGGUCAGGUGUCUGAGGCAAUGGCUGGGGAAGAUCAGUUUCAGUUCAAUGCUCCGACUUUCGUUGAUUUCACGAAAGAUGAUUAUGAUGAAGUGGAUGAGUCCUACUUUGAUUUGCCUCAGAAGACUCCCAGACGUAAGACACAAGGGCUGAAAGAUUUGAAACCGCCUGCAGAAGAGAGAGAACAGCCACCCACAGAAAAAGGAGGACAAGAAGUGCCCUCAGAACACAAAGAACCAGAACAAAUACCCACAAAACAGGCAGAACAAGAAGAAAUGCCCUCAGAACACAAAGAACCAGAACAGUUACCUACAGAACAGGCAGAACAAAAGAAGAACACAGAAGCAGAAGAAAUGACUAAAGAAGAAACAGAACAAGAGAAAAUGCCCACAGAACAGCCAGAGAAGACAGAACAAAUGGACACAGAAGAAACCGAGGAACCAAAACCAUCCACAGAACAAGCAGAAGAACAAGAACCUUCCGCAGAAGAAGCAGAAGCAGAACAGAUGGCUACAGAACAGGAAGAACAAGCACAACCAUCCACAGAACAGGCAAACGAACCAGACCAAAUGACGACAGAGGAGAUGGACGAACAGGAACCACCUGCAGAACCUCCUAAGUCUGUUUCCAAGGACAAGAGGAGGAAGAGCCUAAAGUUAGAUGGUGCAGGAGUGAGGCAGUCUCCCCGUCUCCUGGCCAUCUCCAAGGCCCUGCGGAGGAGCAACGCCAGCAGACGAUCCUCAGGGGACUGCCGGGGCACCACCAGCACUCAGGCCAGCCAGGUGAAGAAGGUACAGCCGCAGAAAAGAGUGGUGCCGAAGGUGUCUGGUAUGUCCAUCAGUGAGGGAGACAAGGAGGAGCUGGAGCUGGUGGCCACAUUCAGACAGAAGAUCACAAACAACAAGAAGAGGAAGGAUGGCGCUGCACCUAACCAGCCAUUCAAGCUCACAAAACCACAGGAAUUCCACUUUGCAACGGACAAGAGACUGCGGAAACAAGAGGUGGAAGAUCCCGCGCCACCUCCACCUCCUCCUGCUGCCCGCUCCACCCGGUCAGGCCGCACCAAGCCGCAGGAGUUUACUUUUGCCACUGAUGCGCGGAUUAAGACCAAGGAGAGUGUGAAGGAAGAAACUGAGGCACCUGUAGAGUUUGCCAGGUCCCUGCGCUCCAGUACUCUCUCCCUGAACAAGGACUCGGCAGGAAGAAGAAGCCCCACCAUCCCCAAGCCCUUCCACCUCUCGGAGUCUCGCAAGGAGCAGGGGGAGGCAGCCAAGAGGUUCUUAUCGAUGGCAGAACUCAGCUGCAAGAACUACAUCCGAACGCCAGAAGUAUACAGGAAAAGCAAGAGAACCGUCAGUACAGACGACCUUGAGGACAGGAAGAAGCCGCGAGGACCCACCAUGGCCGUCACUCCCAACCUUGCCACCAGUAAACGCCGGCGCUCCCACAGCCUCAUGACCCAGGAGGAGAGGGAGCAGCAGGAGUUUGAGGAGGCACAGAAACACGCAUUCAAGGCAAGACCUGUGAACAAGAGGGCCCUGAAGACACCCCCCAAUGGAUACCGCGUCUCUUCCAAGCCACAGAGUCAGCCGUCGGAAAGUCUGAUGGAGGAGAUGAUCAAGAUGGACAGUCCUCCCAAGAUGCUGGUGUCCAUGCUGCCCUACGCUGGCUUGCCUCUGCAGGGGAAGAAGAUGAACACGAAGGUCCGGCCGUUCAGCUUUGACCAGCGCGACCAGGAACGGAUGAAGAAGAAGGAGGAGAAGAUUAAGAGGGUGCUGGAGGAUGAGAAGAGUCUGGCUGAGUUUCACGCCCGUCCCAUGCCGCUGUUUGAGGGGGUUGGGGUGCCGGCCAGGAAGCCACCCACCCCGACACAGGUGAAGCCCUUCGCCCUCAAUGUGGAGCGCCGUGGGUCCAUCAAACAGGAGAAGUUCAAGCAGCAGCUGGAGAACGAAGCAAAGAAGGAUGCAGCACAGCGAAAAUUCCUCGCACAAGAUGAUAGUGUGGUGCACAAAAAUCCCUUUGUGCCUCAGAAAUCCAACAGACCCCUCACUGAGAUCUCCAACGUGACCCUGAGCACUGAGGUGAGGGCUGUGGAGCGCAGUGAGUUCGACCAGCAGCGGAAGGAGCUUGAGGAGGAGAUGCUUGCUGCCAAAAAGAUGGCGGAGGAGCACCAGGCAGCAGAGGAGCUAGCAGAGGUGACCAGACUGAGGCAGGCAGCGGUGCACAAGGCCCAGCCCAUACCUAAGACCAAGCCCAUGGUACUCCACCCCACCUCACAGAUGCCCACGGUGCCCAAGUCGCCAGAUUUUGCCACAGACUCCCGCCUCAGGUCAAAAUCAAGAGCAAACUCAACUUUCAAUGUCUAAUUCUUUUAUUCUGUUGCUUUUUUCAAGGCUGGAUUCUUGAUCUCUCUCUCUUUUGUAGUUUUUAUUUCUUUUUAUGAUUUUUAUGUGUAUUUUGAGUUUCUUGGGUGUUGCUUUCUUCUUUUUUUCUAUUUCUUUCUUCUUCACUUGGUUUUUUAAAAAAUUCUUGGCUUCUCUCAGAUGUGGUUAGUUUCAUUCUUCUUAAUAAUUUUUUUUUUAGUCUUGAAGUUUCUUGGAUUUUACUUUAUUCUUCUUAGUUUUAUCCCUGAUCUUUUUCUCAUCCUCUGGUUUUUAAAAUUCUAAAGUUUUCUCAAACCUGUUUUUUAUUUUAUUCUUUUCUGCUACUUUUCAAAUCUUUCAGUUUCUUGGAUGUUACUGUUAGUUUUAUCCAUGAUCUCUAUUUUUCCCCUGUGUGGUUUUAGAAAAUUUGAAUGCAACUUCUUUCAUUUCACUAGUUUAAAAAAUAAGAUUCUCUCAGUUACUUAAAUAUGCUGAAGCUCAUCUUAAAAUAUUUCUGGGAGCCACUUUCUUUACUUUACAUGUUGCACACACUCCUAGUUGUAGGUUUGGUUGCCGCUGUAUUUAGGGAGACUUGAGUGACACAUGCAUUGAGGGGACAGGUUAAUGUAAGUCACCAGUCACUGCCAGUAGUAAUAAGAGGCUGAGGUAAACCGUGUGUCUUAUGAAGGAUGUUGGCACAGGCAGUAAUUAUUUUUUUUCCACAUUAUUUUUACACUUAUUUAGAAUGUUUGUGGAUGAAUUGUUAUAUAAAAUCUUAAUAAAAUGUCAAUUCUUA